UUCCCAAUGGGUAAAAGCGGCCCAACUCUUGGUAAGAAUGGGGGGAGUUUACUGCAGUGCGCCAGUGCCCCUGAACCAAGUCGCCUUACCCGACACAGAUUCAUGUGUUUUAUAUGCUUUUUGGAUGCUCUUAAUGAACAAAUCUCCAUUUCUUUGGGAGGUCCUGAUAAAACAUCGUUGAACUGUCAUUGGUUACAGAGGGUGGCUAAGCUGGUACCUAUCCGUAUUGCGCAUAAAGGAUGUCGAUGCCCACAAGGCAGACAGCAGUGGUUGUAUCUUUAUGAUCCCCUCCACACUUAUUUUUUCCUCAAAAUUGUCCUAAACUUUUCACUAAUGGUGACCAUUUUACGACCAUCGAGUUACCCAGUACCCACCACUUCACUCCACCUGUACUGCUCUUCAAAUCAGAGAAGGAAACAGAGACAAUUUUUGAGACAACGAAAACACCGGGAGCAACAAUUGAACCAAAACAAAAGGGGUUCCCUCUCGUUCCCAAAAUCCUACCCAACCCCUCUCCUAACUCAUCACCAACCCCACACCCAGACCAAACUCCAAGCACUCGACUCCGUCCUCGAAGAGCUUGAAACCGCUCUGAAGAAUCAUGUAAGAGUCGAUAUUGAUACAUUUGCUUCCCUUUUAGAAACAUGUUACCGCCUAAGAGCUGUAGACCGAGGCAUGAGAAUCCACGGUCUUAUACCCACCAACCUUUUACGCAAAAACGUGGCGCUUUCGUCAAGACUGCUCAGGCUUUAUUCCUCUUUUGGGCUUAUGGACGACGCACACCAAGUGUUCGACGAAAUGGAUAGGAGAGAUAUGUAUGCAUUUCCGUGGAAUGCGCUUAUGUCAGGGUACGCAGAAUUGGGUUUGUAUGAAGAUGCCAUGGCACUUUACUUUCAAAUGGAGGAAGAGGGGGUUGAGCCAGAUCGUUUCACAUUCCCUCGCGUUUUGAAAGCUUGUGGAGGAAUAGGUUCUGUUCAACUUGGAUUGGCGGUACACCGCCAUUUGGUGCGCUUGGGCUUUGGAAAAGAUGGGUUUGUGCUUAAUGCGCUUGUGGAUAUGUAUGCCAAAUGUGGUGAUAUUGUCCAGGCUAGAAGGGUUUUUGAUAAGGUUGAUUGCAAAGACUUGGUUUCGUGGAAUUCAAUGCUCACUGGUUAUAUUCGUCACGGGCUUCUAAAUGAAGCUCUGGAGAUCUUCCAUGCGAUGAUCAAACAAGGAUUUGAGCCGGACUCAGUGGCUAUAUCGUCCAUCCUUGCCUGUGGGUGGUCCUUAAAGAUUGGAAUUCAAAUUCAUGGGUGGGUUGUUCGACAGGGAAUUGAAUGGGACUUGUCCAUUGCUAAUUCUUUGAUUGUUCUCUAUGCCAGUCAUGGGAAUGUAGAGCAAGCACGUUGGUUGUUUGAUCAAAUGCCUGAUAGGGAUACCAUUUCAUGGAACUCUAUAGUUUCUGCUCACUCUAAAGAUCCCAGAGUGUUACAGUAUUUCGAGGAUAUGGAGAAUGCUGGUGUUUUGCCUGAUGCUAUAACGUUUGUGUCGCUGUUAUCAGCUUGCGCUCAUUUGGGUUUGGUGAAGUUCGGAGAGAGACUAUUUUUGCUGAUGACUGAAAAAUACGGGAUUACGCCCAUCAUGGAACAUUAUGCUUGCAUGGUAAAUCUUUACGGGAGGGCGGGGAGGCUUGAUGAGGCCUAUGCUAUUGUAGUGAAAAGAAUGGAGUUUGGGGCUGGUCCAACCGUGUGGGGAGCAUUGCUAUAUGCUUGUUACUUACAUGGGAAUGUAGAUAUGGGAGAAAUUGCCGCUCAAAAUCUUUUCGAAUUGGAGCCUGAUAAUGAACAUAAUUUUGAACUUCUGAUGAAAGUUUACAGCAAUGCUGGUAGGUUGGAGGAUGUGGAGAGAGUCAGAAAAAUGAUGGAAGAUAGAGGAUUGGGAUGGUAGAUCACGUGGGGGUUACUAUUAAUUCACAGUACCAAUGACUUGGAACAUUUUAAAUUACUUGGAACUCUAAUGCAGGUGUGCGAUACUAGGUACUGUUCUGAAAACUAUGCUGAAUACGACUUGGGAUAUAAUCACAUGAUCAUUCCUGAUGUUCAUUAUUUGUAAUUUUAUAUUGUAAUCAUAAAGUAAUUUUUGUACACUUCCUGGCUUUAGAGGGUUAAUGAAAAUUUCUUUA